GUCAACACCGUUCCCUCCAAGCAGAAAUGUCAAAAUGGCGUCAACGCAGGACGCUUGGUAUAUUUCUUUACUUGGUUUAGCGGAACAUUUCCGCACAUCAAAUCCUCCUGACAUAAAAAGUUGUAUUCAAUGUUUACAAGCUGUAUUUAAUUUCAAGCCACCGCAAAGAGUUGAAGCCAGAACACAUUUACAACUUGGGAAUAUCCUUUUGACACACACUAAAAACAUCGACUUGGCGAGAACUCAUUUGGAGCAAAGUUGGUGUUUAUCGCAGAGCAUUAAUGGAUUCGACGAUGUUAAAUUUGAAGCCGCUAGUGUGCUUGCGGACCUAUUUGAACAGCAGGGUCAGCCAACACAUUCUAAACCUAUAUUACGAAAAGCGAUUGAAUUGUCACAGCACAGUGUAUAUUGGCACUGCAGGCUAAUAUUCCAACUAGCACAAAUCCAUGCCACUGAGAGAGAAUAUGAGGUAGCGAGUAGUUUACUGGGUGUUGGUGUAGAUUAUGCACAGAUAUCAAAUGCAGCAUACACAAGGGUACUGUUUUUACUAAGUAGGGUAAUGUUAUUACUAAUAGACAAGAAGAUACAGGAAGUGUUGCCACUUUUAAAUCAAGCCGGUCAUCUGGUUGAAUCAUGGGUUGGCAGUCCACAUCAGAAGGAGUACCUCAAAGUGUUCUUUCUAGUUUUACAAGUAUGUCACUAUUUAAUGGCGGGACAAGUAAAGAGUGUGAAACCUUGUUUAAAGCAAUUACAACAAAGCAUCCAGACAAUUAUGGCACCAACAUGGCCUGAUGAUGAUGCGGUGUGCGGCGGCGCGGGCGCGGGCGGGGCGGGCGCGGGCGGGGCGGGCGGCGGCGAGUCGUUCGUGUGGCUCUCGCGGCAGCAGCUCUACGUGCUCGUGUACCUCGUCACCGUCAUGCACUCGGCGCAGGCCGGCUACAUGGACAAGGCGCACAAGUACACGGAGAAGGCGCUCGCGCAGAUCGACAAGCUCACUUCUGCAGGCGACGACACCAACUCGAUAGCGAGCGGGCAGUCGGCGGGUCGCGCGGGGCGCGGCGGCGCGGCGCUGGCGUGGCGGCUGCGGGUCGCGCUCGUCGAGCACGCGGCGCUGUGCCGCCUCGUGGCCGGCGGCAAGGCGCACGCGCUGCACGAGAUCGCGCGCGCCGCGCACCUGCUGCGCCACCCGCCCAACGCCCAGUGCGCAGCGGCGCACACCCCGCAGCUCCACUGCCUGCUGGGCCUGUACGCGAUGUCCAUGAACUGCAUGGAGGCCGCCGAAGCGCAGUUCCACACCGCUAUACAUAUGUCACAAGAAAGAGAUCUAUGGAUGUUUGCAAAACUGAAUCUAGCAAUUGUAUAUUUAAGAGGACGAAGAGAUAAUGAUUUAGCUCAAAUUAUGGAACAGGUACGACCUGAAGCGUUACCUGCGUACGCGCACGGUUUGCGCGCCGCUUCAUACUACGUUCUGGGGCUACAAGCCUUUUUCCAAGCGCGGUAUAAUGAAGCCAAACGGUAUUUAAGAGAAACGCUCAAGAUGGCGAACGCGGAGGACCUCAACCGUCUCACGUCGUGCUCGCUCGUGCUGCUCGGGCACAUCUUCCUGUCGAUCAACAACUCGAGAGAGAGCAUGAACAUGGUGACCCCGGCUAUGCAACUCGCUAGUAAAAUACCUGAUGUGCACGUGCAAUUGUGGGCUUCGGCUAUAUUGAAAGACCUAUACCGGCUAGCGGGGGACACGGAGCGCGAGAACGAAGCGUACCAGAUGCACUGCAACUUCUCGCAGGCGCUGCUCAAGGAUCACUUCCAGGCGACGCAGCUGCCGCAGCACGCGCUCGUGCACUGGACCAGCGGGCCUCCGCCCGCGUUACCCGCGCCCCCUGCAGCCCCGCCUGCUCCAGCGCCUGGUGUGUCGCACACGUAGGAGUCGUGAAAGUGAUAGUGAUAGUGAAAGUGCAGUUAUGGACUCAUGCAGUACCCUCAUUCCCGGCCAGGAAAACAAAAUGCUAAAAAGUUACAUGGAAUCACUUAACGUUUGGACGUUUGGACCAGAGGUGCUCCGCCCGCAGUAUUGCUCGUGCCCAGCGUGUCGCACUCGUAGAGACACACGUGAAAGUGUUUUUGCGAAAUUUCCGCAUACAUAGACCUCACCAUGCUUGAGUAUAAUAUGGAAUUCGGUGCCUACAGUGCCCAGUAAAACUAAAAUGCUAUAUGAAAUCACUUUACACAGUGCCAGGAAAAAAAGGAAUCAUGACUUCGGACAUCCCACCCAUCACCACCUAAGUGCUCUGUGCUCGACAGUGUAUUCUGCAUUUGGUGUAUAUCCAGUAUAGAAAGUACCUGCAUUCACCCAUUGCAUCAAACACUAAUAUUAAUGUUACUUGUAUACAGUUAACAUCCUGUAAAGAACUAGUCCACGAAUUCUACCUACUAUUAAAUCUACCAGUUUAUAUGAUAAAUAGCAAUAUUAAUAUGUACAUGGUGUUGUGUUUUUUCACAAUAAAUUGAGAAAAGUAAAAAUUACCAGAAACUCAUAAUUUAAAAAAUCAUAUGCACAGGGAGGAUAUCUUUAACUUAUGAUCACUAUGAAUAUUGCCUUAUUGAUACUGUAGGGAGAUUUUUGCUUUUAAUAAUUCCAUUAAUUAAUUCAGAGCAUGAUAAGGUAUUAUAAUAAUUAAACAUUGUAUUUGAUAUUAGAUGCAAACAGUACAAAAAUAUGUUUAUGCAGACUGACUUUGUGAUAAUAUGAGAUAACAUUUGUGUCGUGGGCUUUGGUGUGAACGGAAACUGCAUUUUAGGGGGAAAUAUUUAAAACCAUGAUUUCAUUUAAGCAAUAAAGUUGAAGUAAAAAAUUAUUAUGAAAGCAUUUGAAACAACAAAAACUCAUAAGAACUUUUGAUUUACGAUUUUUUUUAAUAAUCUCCAAUGUAUUGAUUUUUUUAAUGGUUAAAUUGCACGCGCAUACAAUAAUCCUUGCGCGAGUAAACAAAUUUUAAUUUAUUUAAUGUUUCUUGGUCUAGAUUAAAAUGCCUUUAAAUUAAUUAUUUAAUGAAAAAUAAUUAUUUUUAGAUUUAUAAAUCAUAUUAUUAGACGAGAUUUUUAAUAACUUAUUUCAAAAAGGGGUUAUAUAAUCAAUUGAUUCUGGAGUAAGAGUCUUAUCAAAUUGGUGCUUAUAAUUUACUCUUAUUCUUUGGGUAUUCAUAAAAGAAUAUAUCUUGAUCAUCAUACAAUUAUUUAAUAAUUUUAAAUAAAUAUUUAUUUUUCUGGUAUUGCCUUUUAUGUCACACACCUGUAUUACCUUUACUGUUGGUAAUACAGAAAAUUAAAAUAGCAAAAAAAACGAUCUAUAAAAAAGAGCGUCUGUGCUGAGCACACGUGUUAAAGUGAAACUUCUUUGGCAAGAUUCAUUGAUACCAAAAUUGUCGCCUUACUCCAUGAUGUGACGGUAUUGCCAUGACGUGACCUUGAAAUUUUACUCUCAACGCGCCUAAAGAAGUUUCACUUCAAAAAUAAUGACAAUUCAUACAAAGCACUCAAACCGUCUUUAAAAUCGGUAGUUACACAUAAGAGAUUUUUAUAAUUUCUUACAAAUUGUCCACUUUGAUAAUAGUGAUAUCAUAGGAUGGAAUAGCCGAAAUAAGAGUUUUUGUAAAAAUAGAUGUAAUACCAUAUCCCUUAGUAUUGUAUUGUUUAGAGGUCGAUGCGGCGCUUGAGACGCACUGCAGCACAAUGCUGGUUAGCGUGCAAACAGACGAUUUCACCAAAAGGACUGACUUAUUUGUAAAUAAUUUAUCGAUGCGAAAUAAAAGAACAAAGAUGUCUCAUAUUUAUUUGUUAGUGCGAAUGUUGUUGGCGACUCGUCAGGUUGAUUAUUGUUAGUUGUAAUCACUCAUUGGUGUUUUGAUGGACGGAUUCGCUUACUGUAUAUUAUAAAGGUACGUCACAAUAGCUGUUAAUUAUUUCCGCGGUUAUAUUUUUGUAUCUUAGACUGUUAGUUUCUUCCAUAUUCAUGGAUCUGUCCAUUAAAACGUGCGAUAUCAUUCUCGCGAGACGUUGUAAAUUAAACACUUGUAAUUUGUAUACAUUUUAUUCGAUUAUUCCCAAACAGUGUGAUGUGGCCUUACGCAAUAGGUACAUUUGCUGUUGUUAAUAUGUAAAUAAAAGUUGAAUUAUUGUAAAUAAUAAAAUAUAUGUUUUUUGCU